GACUGCUUAGCACGUCGUACGGAUGCGAAGCCCGGGCAACUGAACAGCGAGAGCUCACCGGAGGAUCUCAACACUAUACCCAGUUUGUGUACGUCACCGGUGGGCUCCACGACCCCUCCUGACCCACUUGGCCAAGACUUUUCAUUCCACAUUUUUUUUUGCCACCGGCUUUUACUUAAACCGAACCCCAUUACUCUCCGGUGUCUUUAUGGAGCUAUUCACUCCGAUCCGGAUGUACUGGCGUGAAGCGGGAGUCUGAUACCUGCCGACUGUCCGCGGUGAGGAAGAACCGAACAUGCAACCGAGCCGAGCCCGUCUUUGUGCGACCCGCAGCUCAGUUUGUGGGGGCCUCGUCUGAAGCAGAGUUGACAUUCACACACCAUCCGUCUAGCACAAUGAGACUAUGACCGGCGAUGUCAGAGAGCCACAGAUUGUAGACUUUACACUUGCUUCUUGAUCUCGCCACCGAAAUACUUCCAAACCACCUGUACUGGCCACUGAGCUUCUGGGCCACUUGCUAACAGGGCACAAUGGCCUCUUCACUGCGGAGGUGUCCACUCUUUGCCUGCCUCUUGCUCCUUCUCUGCUGUUGCCACUCGUCACAAGGGUUCAGCCGUGCCGCCUUGCCUUUUGGUCUAGUCAGGCGGGAGCUCUCGUGCGAAGGAUACGCAAUCGAUCUACGCUGCCCGGGGAGUGAUGUCAUCAUGAUCGAGACGGCCAACUAUGGGCGGACCGAUGACAAAAUCUGUGAUGCCGACCCGUUCCAGAUGGAGAAUGUCAACUGCUAUCUCCCUGAUGCCUACAAGAUUAUAUCACAAAGGUGCAACAACCGUACGCAGUGUGUGGUUGUCACUGGCUCCGAUGUCUUUCCUGACCCAUGUCCUGGCACCUACAAGUACUUAGAGGUCCAGUAUGAGUGUGUUCCCUAUAUUUUCAUUUGUCCUGGGACUCUGAAGGGCAUAGGAGACGCCACCUUCUUCUACGAGGCAGAGCAGCAAGCGGGGUCGUGGUGCAAAGAUCCCCUCCAAGCUGGCGACAAGGUCUUUUUCAUGCCCUGGACGCCAUACCGCACGGACACACUCAUCGAGUACGCCUCUCUGGAGGACUUCCAAAAUAACCGUCAGACAACUACAUAUAAACUGCCGCACCGUGUCGACGGCACCGGCUUUGUGGCGUAUGACGGCGCCAUCUUCUUCAACAAGGAGCGCACUCGCAACAUUGUCAAGUUUGACCUGCGCACACGCAUCAAAAGCGGCGAAGCCAUUGUGAACAAUGCCAACUACCACGACACGUCGCCAUACCGUUGGGGCGGCAAAACGGAUAUCGACCUGGCGGUGGAUGAGAGAGGCCUGUGGGUGAUCUAUGCCACCGAGCAGAAUAACGGGCGCAUUGUAGUGAGCCAGCUCAAUCCGUAUACGCUGCGGUUCGAGGCCACAUGGGACACGGCCUAUGACAAGCGCUCAGCAUCCAAUGCCUUCAUGGUGUGCGGCGUGCUGCACGUGGUGCGCUCCACCUAUGAGGAGGGUGAGAGCGACAGCAGCAGAAGUCAGAUAGAUUACAUCUACAACACCAAGCUGAACCAAGGGGAGUACACGGACAUCGCCUUCCCCAACCAGUACCAGUACAUCACCUCCGUGGAUUACAACCCCAGGGACAACCAGCUGUAUGUGUGGAAUAACUUUUAUGUCCUCCGCUACGACCUCGACUUCGGACCGCCGGAUCCCGCUGAAGUGGCUCCAGUGGGAGAAUUCCCCGCCUCAUCCUCCCUGCCCAUGACCACCACCAUCUUGGCCACCACAGCAGCGCCCACCGCCAAGAGACAAGGUGACACCACAGCAGGAGGAGCGGACCCGAGGGACGGUAGAGAUCCGUUUGAGGACACCCGUGGCUCAGCAACAGUGGAGCCCACUGCGCCAGAGCUGCCACCCACGCCCAGACGCUUCUGUGAGGCCACCAGGAGAAGGGCCAUCGACUGGCCCCAGACCCACACAGGCACCACUGUGGAGAGACCCUGCCCCAAAGGCACCAGAGGCGUCGCCUCCUUCCUGUGCACGGUGGCAGGUACCUGGUGCUCCAAGGGCCCCGACCUCAGCAACUGCACCUCCCACUGGGUGACUCAAGUGGCACAAAAGAUCCGAAGCGGCGAAAAUGCGGCCAAUCUAGCGAACGAGCUAGCCCGGCACACGCAGGGCCCGGUUUUCGCCGGUGACGUCAGCUCUUCGGUACGCCUAAUGGAGCAGCUCGUGGACAUCCUGGACGCUCAGCUGCAGGAGCUCCGUCCCAGCGAGAAGGACUCAGCUGGACGCAGCUUCAACAAGCUUCAAAAGCGAGAGAAGACAUGCAGGGCAUACAUGAAGGCGAUCGUGGACACCGUUGACAACCUCCUGAGGCCGGAAGCGCUGAAGUCCUGGAAAGACAUGAAUUCCACAGAACAAACGCACGCCGCCACAAUGUUACUGGAUACCCUGGAGGAAGGGGCGUUCGUCCUUGCCGAGAACCUGAUCGAGCCGGCCAUCGUCAAAGUGCCCGCUGAGAACAUCAUGUUGGAUGUGUACGUGGUGAGCACAGACGGCCAGGUGCAAGACUUCAGGUUCCCUCAGACCAGCCGGGUUGGAGCCUCUCUUCAGCUCUCCUCCAACACGGUCAAAGUCAACAGUAAAAACGGUGUGGCUAAGUUAGUCUUUGUGCUGUACAAACACCUGGGUCAGUUCCUGAGCACGGAGAACGCCACGCUGCGGGGACUUGGAGACUUGGACAAACGUAACCUUUCCCUCACUGUCAACUCCCACAUCCUCUCAGCCUCCAUUACCAAGGAGUCCAGCCGUGUGUUUGUGGCCGACCCUGUGAUCUUCACGUUGGAGCACCUGGAUAAGGAGCACUACUACAAUCCCAACUGUUCCUUCUGGAAUUACUCAGAGCGGAGCAUGAUGGGAUACUGGUCCACUCAGGGCUGCAAGCUGCUGGACACCAACAAGAGCCACACCACGUGUUCGUGCAAUCACUUGACCAACUUCGCCAUCCUCAUGGCUCAUCGAGGAAAUGUGGGAAAGGGGAGCGUCCACGAGCUCCUGUUGUCUGUCAUCACCCGGAUGGGCAUCGCCGUGUCUCUGGUGUGCCUGGCCAUCAGCCUCUACACCUUCUGCUUCUUCAGGGGUCUGCAAAGCGACCGCAACACCAUCCACAAAAAUCUCUGCCUCAACCUCUUCAUCGGAGAGCUCGUCUUCCUGGUGGGCAUCAACAUGACCGAACCAAAGCUGGUGUGCUCCAUCAUUGCUGGUGUCCUCCAUUUCUGCUUUCUGGCUGCCUUUGCCUGGAUGUGUCUGGAGGGCGUGCAGCUGUACCUCAUGCUGGUCGAGGUGUUUGAGAGCGAAUUCUCCCGCCGAAAGUACUACUACAUGACCGGCUACCUCUUCCCAGCGGCGGUGGUGGGCAUCUCAGCGGCCAUCGACUACCGCAGCUACGGAACGCCACGAGCGUGCUGGCUGCGGGUGGACAACCAUUUCAUCUGGAGCUUCAUAGGCCCUGUAACUUUUGUAAUUUUGGUCAAUGUCAUCUUCCUGGUGGUGACCAUGUACAAGAUGGUGAAGCACUCCACCUCUAUGAAACCCGACUCCUCAAGGCUGGGUGGUAUCAGGUCGUGGGUGUUGGGAGCGUUUGCUCUCCUUUGUCUUUUGGGCCUGACGUGGUCCUUUGGCUUGUUCUUCCUCAAUGAAUCAUCCAUCGUGAUGGCUUAUCUCUUCACCAUCUUCAACACCCUUCAAGGAAUGUUUAUCUUCAUCUUCCACUGCCUCCUGCAAAAAAAGGUCCGUAAAGAGUACAGCAAAUGUUUCCGUCAGUCCCAGUGCUGCGGCGCCCUGCCACCUGAGGCCUCCCACAGCUCGGUCAAGACGGCCACGUCUCGAACCACGGCGCGCUACUCGUCGGCCACCCAGAGCCGCAUCAGGCGGAUGUGGAACGACACAGUGAGGAAGCAGUCGGAGUCGUCCUUCAUCUCGGGAGACAUAAACAGCACCUCCACACUCAACCAGGGCAUGGCUGGCAACUACCUCCUAACUAACCCUCUCCUCCGUAGCCACGACACUAACCCUUAUAACAACCUGCUGGCAGAAACUGUGGUGUGCAACACGCCCUCUCCACCGGCCUUUCACUCUCCAGGACAGCACUCUCUGAGCAACAGCAGGGACAUCAGCGCCAUGGACACCCUCCCCCUCAACGGCAACUUCAACAACAGCUACUCCCUGCGAGAGGACGACUAUGAGACGGUGGGCGUGCGAGCCCCGGGCGACGUGGGCGGCCUCAACCUGGACGACGCCGCCUUUGAGAAGAUGAUUAUAUCUGAGAUUGUGCACAAUAACCUGCGGCCCCGCGCCGCCCCAAAGGCUCGCGACACUCCGCGGGAGAGGGACGCACCCCCGCCCCCACAGACUCGUGUGAUCGUGGACCGGAGUAGCGGCAGCGAGGACGACGCCAUCGUGGCGGACCACGUGGAAGCCUCGUCCCCGCAGAGAGGAGCCCCUCAAGGAGGCCACCCGCCUUUGGAGCUGCUCCUGCACCCCCACCACAAGGAGGUCCUGGAGGCGCCCCUCCUGCCCCAGAGGACACACUCUCUGCUUUACAGCGCCCACAAGGCUCCCAGGCCCCUGGGGGGACAGCUGGAGAUUGGCGACGAGACUGUGAUGACGGCAGAGGAUGCUAGCAACAACAGAGACUCGCUUUACACCAGCAUGCCCAAUUUGAGGGACUCGCCCUCCGCUUCUCCAUACCCUCCUGAAGAGGAGGAGGAAGACAAGCACGAGCUCUCCCCUUCGGUCCAAAUUGAGGACACGUAUCAUAAAAGCAUGCCCGAGCUAGGCGACACGCCGCCGCUUUCUUACUACCAUAUAAACCGAGUGACCAGCGACGGUUGCGUGCUGCCCCCGCCCACCCCUUCAGAGCACUGUGAACCGGAGGGGGACACCCCGAGUGACGGACAGAUGCAGCUCAUCACCAGCCUCUGAGCCCCCGGAGGGGGUGGGUGCUUCGGGUUGAUUGGACUUUUUGCACACUAAAUGUUCUUCUGAGGCCUGAAUGUGGACUCUGCUGUCGGACUAACGCAGCACGGACAGAAAAAAACUCCCAGUAUUCCCAGUGAAGAACACAUGGCACGCUCCUGGGGGGUCUUUUUUGAGGGUGGCUCCAGUGUCACCAUUGUACAAAAAAAAAAAAAAAAAAGAAAAAAGAAAACCACUAAUUCAGACUCAGGCCUUAUAUUUUCUCUCUUGCACAUUAUCCAAGUAACAGCUAAAGAAAAUAUAUUUUGCUGUACCACUCGUGUAAAAGGUAGAGAAAAAUAUGAAAGGAAAAAAAAGAGCCGGCAACCAUUCAAUAGUUUCUAUAGUUCUUCGAUGUUAAUAGGACUCUUCUCCAAAAGGAGGACUUUGUUUUUUCCUCUCACACUUCACUUGUAUGUUCAAAUAUUAUUAUUUUUUUUUAAACAGUAUUUGAGAGAUGUAAAUCCACACGUCUGCUUGAGGGAUUUUUUUUUUUACUUGAAGCAAAUGUGUUAUGUUAUUUUGCGGAUCUUCCUUUUAAUUUAUUAACAGAAGUAUUUGCUUAAAAACUACAAAAACAAAAAAAGGUUGUUGCCGCACUGAUUAGGCUCAUGUCUUUUUUUUUUUUUGUAAGAGCUAGUCAGCUGGUAUUUAAUUCAACUCCUGUUUGAUAUCAAAUAAAUGUGAAUUUUGUUUU